AGUAAAAACGUUCAAGACCAGAGUUUACUACAUCUGCAAACUUUUAUCUCCAGAAGAGCAAAAUUAGCCCAGGCGCCCACUAACUCCUUUGAAUUGAAUAACCCCAUUUUUAUAAUUCUGAAAACUCGAAGAAAAUCAAUCAAUUAAAUCACAACUGAUGUUGAAGACCCUUUCUUUGUUUCCUCGUUUACCCUUCUCCUCCUCUCGAAGAUUUCCUAAUUUUGCCACAAUGUCUGUGGAAGCAGUACCAUUGUGUCCCAAAUUUGUUCCUGUGGAGCAAAGUAAAAUUAUUUCGAUCAGCAGCUCUGAAGCAUACAAAUUCAGUGUAGUAUCAUAUAAUAUUUUGGCACAGGUAUUUGUGAAGAGUUCCUAUUUUCCACACUCCCCAAAACCUUGCCUCAGAUGGAAGGCUCGUUCCAAAGCUGUUUUAACUGUUCUAGGAGAUUUUGAUGCCGACUUUCUCUGCUUACAGGAGUUAGAUGAGUAUGAUAGCUUUUAUAGAGGCAAUAUGGAACGACUUGGAUACUCAAGCAUCUAUAUCCAAAGGAGUGGCCAAAAGCGUGACGGUUGUGGAAUCUUUUAUAAGCUGACCAGUGCAGAGUUGGUCUUACAAGAAAAUAUUGAAUAUAAUGAUCUAGUGAAAUCUAUUGACGGAGAAACAAAUAGUAGAGUGAUGGAUAGUGCUGUGUCAGUUGCUGGAGGAAAUGCAAAUGCUGAAGAAACCCAAGGUUCGACAGAGAAAGGUGCUGAAAAAGAUCGUGGAGACCCCAAUGAUCCUCGUGUCAGACUAAAACGCGAUUGUGUUGGAAUUAUGGCUGCAUUUAGACUAGAGAAUCAUUCUCAGCAUCUUAUUAUUAUUGCAAAUACACAUUUAUAUUGGGAUCCAAAAUGGGCUGAUGUUAAGCUAGCUCAAGCUAAAUAUCUACUGUCGCGUUUAGAUCAAUUCAAAACUCUAGUUUCAGAAAAAUUUGAAUGUAUUCCUUCUGUUAUUUUGACUGGCGAUUUCAACUCUACCCCAGGAGAUCAGGUGUACAAUUACCUAAUUUCCGGCAGCUCUUCCUCGGAGUCUAGGGUAGAAUGUCCUGAUGAGUUGCCCAUUCCAUUGAGCAGUGUCUACGCCUGCACAAGAGGAGAACCGGCAUUCACCAACUGCACCCCUGGCUUUACAGGUACUUUGGAUUACAUUUUCUUUUCGCCUUCCGGUUGCAUACAACCUGUGAGCUUCUUAGAACUUCCUGAUGAAGACUCUCCCUCUGUGGCUGGUGGGCUCCCAAACUAUCAGCAUCCCAGUGAUCACCUUCCCAUUGGUGCAGAAUUUCAAGUCCAUGCACAAUAACACUACCUGUUCCUUUUGCUUCUGGGGUCCUUUUCAUGUUCUCAUGAUUAAAUUUUGUGAUCAUUUAUUCUUCUCCAAACCAUGCUAGACUACAGUAAUUGAUUUUGACAAUAUAGACAAAUUUUUGCACU